CCCAUCAAAGAAUUCACCACCCUUUUUCUUCUCCUCUUCCUUUUUUUCCCCACCUUAUAUUUUUUUUUCUCCUCUGUAAUUGCUUAGGUUCUGUGCUGUUUUUUCAAGAGAGAGAGAGAUAGAUAGAUAGAUAGAGACUACAGGAAAAAGAGAAAGAGAGAGAGAAGAGUCCUAUGCUGGGGGACUCAGCAGUGUUGGGAACAGGAGGAGGAAGCUCUGGAGAUGCAGUGGCAGGUUCUGCUGUUGCUGCUGCAUCAGGAGGAGCUCAUGAAGGUGCUGACGUGGCAGCAGGUGGUGGUGGUGGAUCAAAUUCAGGGGAUGAUGAAAGGGGUAGAGGAGAAGAAGGUGACAAGAGCUUUGGCGGCAAUAGGUGGCCAAGGCAAGAGACUCUGGCCUUGUUGAAGAUACGGUCAGAUAUGGACGUGGCUUUUAGAGAUGCAAGUGUUAAGGGUCCCUUGUGGGAAGAGGUUUCUAGUUACCCACUAAAAUGAAUGAAGGUAGAUUGCACAAUACUUGGGGUUCAUGCGUUUUCAAUGGGAAAGAUUAUUUCCGUUCAACAAUUCAUGGAAGCUGGCAGAGCUUGGGUACCACAGAAAUGCCAAGAAGUGCAAAGAGAAAUUUGAGAAUGUUUACAAGUACCACAAGAGAACCAAGGAAGGAAGAAGUGGGAAAUCAGAAGGCAAAACAUAUCGGUUUUUUGAUCAAUUAGAAGCCCUUGAAAACAAUCCUGCAAUCCAAUCACCAACACCAACUUCAAAACCACCACUACAAACAAUAGCACUACCUGCAACACCAGUAUCAAUAGUGGCAUCAAGUGCAUCAUCAUUGCCGCUUCCAACCACAACAGUGCCAUUGCAACCAGUGGCUAAUAACACCACUACUAUUGCAUCAACAACUACACUCCCUAUGGCUGUGUCUCAAGGCAUUCUCAACAUAAUCCCAUCAACAAUAAACAUCACAACCCCUUCAUACCCAUCAUCAAACCCUACAUAUUUCACAACCCCAACACCAAACCCUACUAGUAAGAACCCUCCAAACACCAUUAACCCAUCUUCAUUUCCCAAUAUCCCCACUGAUCUAUUGUCCAAUUCAAGUUCUUCCUCAACUUCCUCGGAGGAAACACUGGAAGGAGGGGGAACAAGGCGCAAGAGAAAGAGGAAGUGGAAGGACUUCUUUGAGAGACUAAUGAAGGAAGUGAUAGAGAAGCAAGAGGAGCUACAAAGGAGGUUCUUGGAAGCCAUAGAGAAAAGAGAACAUGAGAGAGUGGCAAGAGAAGAAGCAUGGAGAAUGCAAGAGAUGCAAAGAAUCAACAGGGAAAGGGAAAUUCUUGCACACGAGAGGUCCAUAGCUGCAGCAAAAGACGCUGCUGUUAUGGCAUUUUUACAAAAGAUAGCUGAACAACAGCAGCAACAAAUUAAUCUUGAGCCAGCAUUGAAUAACAACAACAACAUCAACAUUGUUCCACCAGUUCAACAAGCAACUACAGCACCAACAACAGUACAACAAACACAAACAACAGCGAUUCCUGAGGCCCCACCAGCGCAGUCUUUGGCCCCACAACAACAACAUCAUCAGGUGCAUCAGCAGCAACAACAAGUGGUGACCAAUGUGGAAAUUGUAAAAGCUGAUAACAACGGUGAGAAUUUGAUGAUGGGAACGAGCUCUUCAAGGUGGCCAAAAGUGGAGGUUCAGGAACUGAUAAAUCUGAGAACGAGCCUGGAAACAAAGUACCAAGAAAGUGGGCCAAAAGGGCCACUAUGGGAGGAGAUCUCAACGUUGAUGAAGAAAAUGGGGUACAACCGGAGUGCUAAAAGAUGCAAAGAGAAGUGGGAGAACAUCAACAAAUACUUCAAGAAAGUGAAGGAAAGCAACAAGAAGAGGCCGGAAGAUUCCAAAACUUGUCCCUAUUUUCACUUGUUGGAAGCUCUAUACAGGGAGAAAAACAAGGGAGAGGGCCAAAUGAAGCCUGAGAGCAUGAUGGCACCACUUAUGGUGCCCCCGGAGCAGCAAUGGCCUCCCCAGCAUGCGGCGGUGCCGGAGGUAACCAUGGAAGAUGCCCAAAAUGACCCCAUGGACCUGCAGCACCACAAUGAGGAGGAUGAGGAUGAAGAAAUGGACAAGGAAAUUGGAGAUGAUGAUGAGGAUGAAGAUGAUGAUGGAGGUGAUAAUUAUGAAAUAGUAGCGAGUAAGCCAGCUUCAGCUGAUGCAUCUGCCGAGUGAGAUAAAUAAAUAUUAACCAAACAAGAAUGCAUCAAUUAGAGCAUGGAGGGUGAGCUUGGGUCAAAAGAGUGCAUGAGUUGUCGGAAAUUAAAGUGCUCAUAUAGGGUGGAAUUUAGCGGUGGUGAUGGUAUUAACAACAACAAUCGUGAAUAGCGGUGGGGUUGUGUUGAAGAUUUUGAAUAUACACAUAAUGCAGAAUGACACAUGGGUAUAGGGGUAGCUAGUUGGGUGGGGAAUCUGGAUUGGAAGUACUUGGUACAAUAGCAUAUAGUCAGUAAGAUUAUAUGUUGUUUUUUUUUUAUAUUUAAAAAAUAAUUAAUUAUUUUUUGAGCUAAAUAAAUAAGUUGAUCAGGGAGAGGUGAAGCUAAGAUAGAGAAGGUUCAGAUUUGAAGUUCAACAGAAAUGAAUAAAAAAGAAACCUUGACUAAUGUUAUUGUACUAGAUUUUUUUAAUUAAAUUUUCAUAUUCAUGUUCGUG